UAGUUGCUACACCUGUUUCCCCUACAAGUUUGAGGUUAUAGAAGCUGUCAGUUGUGUCAGUUAAAAUGUUUUUAUCGUUUUACCUUCCCUUAAAACCAAUUUGAUCGCAUACUUUUGAGUAAAUUAUGUGAAUUUUCUCGCCACCGCAAUGUCCCAAAGCACGACUAGCGGCACAUCCUCAAGACGUCACCACCCGCGAGACCACGACUCGGCCUCCAUCACAUCCUCCAGAAUUGCCGACAUCACCGAGUGGGAAGCAAAUGAGGCCCUACGACAGCGCGAAUUGGAGGAGGCGCGCGGAAGGGCCGCCCAAAUGGAGAAAACGAUGCGCUGGUGGUCCGACUGCACCGCCAAUUGGAGGGAAAAGUGGAGUAAAGUGAGGAACGAAAGAAAUAAAGCACGAGAGGAAUGCAAGCAAUUGAGGACGAAAUUGGACACCGCCACCAAAGACACUGCCACCUACAAACGCGACAAAGAGGAACUCGAAAUACAAAACGAUCAACUUAAGAAAGAAAUGGAGAAAAUACAUAUUUUGCUCUUGAAACACGCAGGGCAAUUUGAUAGCCAAAUUUUUGAAGCCUUAGGAGAGGACCCCCUCAAAGACUUUGUUUUUAGUCAAAGUAACGGCUCCCCAGCUCGGGAAAAUGGAGCCACGAGACAGCCUGAAUGCGACAGUACAGCCCUCCAGGAUGGCUGCAUCGAAGACUAUAUCCUACAGGGGGCUGUUCCUCGAUAUGUCAAAGAUUUAGAUGAGAAAAAUGAGUUGGCAAACGGGGUGCCAAAAUCUGGGCCCCCCAAAGAAGACUACGAUGAGGAGUACGUCAUCCAGAAAUUGUCAAUGUUACAAUUGAGGUUGGAGGAAACCACAAAAACGCUCCAAGUUGAACGAGAAGAAAAGUCUCAACUGCACAGAGUCAUAGAUAAAUUAACAAUUGAGUUGCAAGAAGUCAAAGAAAAGUGUGACGAGUUAAAGGAAGCGAAACAGGAAGCGGCAAGAGAAUUAUUAUCGCUGCAGGAUCAGCAUCAGGAAGAGAUUAGGUUAAUCAGAGCUGACUUGCAGGAUGAGGCCAACUCUCGCGAGGGCAUGGAUAAACGACUCAAUGACCUCAGGGCUGAAUUGGAACGGCUUCAAGCUGAAAAUGCGGCCGAAUGGGGCAAGCGGGAGCGUUUGGAAACUGAAAAACUGGGAUUGGAGCGAGAUAAUAAAAAAUUGCGAGCAGAGUUAAGAGACAUGCAAGAACGGAUGGAAAGAAAAGGCCGACCUUUAUCAAAUUCGGACGCUGAAGUCAGGCAUUUGCAACAGGAGUUGUCUGAUAAGAAUAAAGAAAUAUCCGAAUUGAGGCACUCGCAGAACAAGUUGAAGAAAAUGGUCCAAGACAAAAUAACAGAAUUGGCUCAUGCGGUGAGAAGGGCGGAGCAAUACGAAUCUGAAGUGAAGAAAUUGCGAAGUAGAGUUGAAGAAUUGAAGAGAGAUUUAGCAGUAGCUGAAGAUGAGCUCGAUACUGCGUCAAAUAAUAUUAGAAAACUACAAAGAACAAACGAUGAGCUUCAAGAACAAGUCGAUAACUUCCAAGUCCAAUUACAGCAUUUGCAUACGAGUAUGGAAAAAGAAGAUGGGGGAGAAGAAAUGGCACUUUACGAUGAGAACGAAUGUGUUACGUAAUUGUAGUUCGUCAAGUUUGCUGUCGCAUCGAGGAGCUCUGCUCACGGAGGAUGGUAGUGAUGAUGAUGUUACUGAAUAUUAGUUUGAUUUCUUCCACGUACUUAGUAUUUUUCAAAGGAAAAAUUAUGUGUUCAACACGACGUUUUUACAGCGUUUGUGUUACUUUUCCCUUAUUUAUUGCUUGUACAUAACUCUGUACCUAGUUGUUACUUAACAGUAGAUUAAAUUAUAUUAUUUUUAUAUGA